AUGGUGUCAAACAUUGACGAUCUCAAGGAAGAUGUGUUUGAGGUAGAGGCCGGCGAAGCCAUUGCUGUCUACUGCCCAUGGUUCUUGAGGACCAUGACGUCACAGCCUCAUCGCUUGGAAGCUCUAAUGAGAGUGAUUAGAAACCGCUUUCCAUGUGUAAUGGUGGUCACUGAAAUAGAGGCAAAUUCAGAUGCACCGACAUUCAUGGACCGGAUUAUGGAAGCUCUCUUCUUUUAUGGUUCAGUGUUUGAUUGUUUUGAGGCUUGCAUUGACCCGUGCAAUCCAAAUAGGAUUACAAUUGAAGCCAUGUAUAUGAGGUAUGCGAUUCGUAGCAUUGUCAUUAGUGAGGGUGAGGAGAGGACAACCAGGCACAUGAAGGUUGACGCUUGGACAGACUUAUUUGCCAGGUUUAAAAUGGUUGAAACAGAGCUGAGCAGUUCAUGUUUGUAUCAGGCAAAACUGAUGGCUAGGAAGUUUGGUUGUGAAAGUUGCUGCACAAUUGAUAUGAAUGGGAAGUGCCUACUUAUUGGGUGGAAGGGAACACCAAUUUCUUCUGUCUCUGCUUGGUAUUUCCUCCAAGAGCUAUGA